AUGCCUGCCAUAACUACCCGCUCAGGCUGUCACAUCAGGCACCCACCUCUGCCUGAUCAACACAAGACUCGCAGGAAGGCGUCCAAUGCGGAUAACGCCCUUGAACCUCCAAAACGGUCUUGCCCCCGCCGUCGCGCUGGCCCCAAGAGUGUUAUCGACCACGGCGACGACCAUCCAGAGCUGUCUAUUCGUCCUCCACCCAAGCCUCGUCCGCUUGCACAGUCCAAGCGUUCGGGCCCCAUGACCUCAUCUGCUGAAGAGGAGAUUUUUGAGGCUAGUUUCUCAAGGCGCUCAUCAAUGAUUCCAGCAACUUCCGACAUCGCUAUCGAUCAGCAAUCCCACCCAUCUCAUGUUCAACUUGCUGAUGACACUUCAUUAACACAUGCCAAAUUUUGCCUCCUUGCAGAUGAAGAAGUAUCUGCUGACAUCCAAGAAGGCGAUGUAGAAUCAGGCAAGCAUUUUAUUAUGACAAAUGAUCUCAAUGGUAGGAAUGUCAAUGACCAGGGGACUUCAGGUGAGACAUAUUCACUCUUUCGGUAUAGCAACAAGGAUCAUGGCAAGGAUACUUCAGGUACCUCUACCAAGUCACGCUACCCAGAGGAAGGUGGGAAUGAUGAUGGCCACAAAACUUCAGCUACUUCUACUAACGGCCGCCCACGUAGGUCAGGUGGCGUCAAGUCAUAUGCACCUGAUCGCAGUGCCGGUGAAGAGAGCUCUCCAUCCGACAGUGACUGGGCUGUUGACGAAGAGCAGCGGAAGAAAGCGCAACAAACUACUGAUCAUGAUAUUGCUGUGAAUCACGGUGAAGACGACGAGGCUCCCUCUGAAGCCGAUCCCCCAUCUCCACCAAGUGAAGAUGAGGACGACAAAGACUUUGUGAAGACCAAAGGAAGAAUGCCCCAAGUAGGCAUCUUAAAGGCGCAAGAGCUUGGGAAGAAGACAUUGGAAGCUGCUAGAACACUGGGUCAAGAAUAUGGGAAGAGUGCGCGGACAAUCCUCAUCGAGGCUGGGUUGACUAUGAAGGCUACCCACAAGGAGUCUCCAUGGAACCAACACCAGACGUGGUUCACAGCUACCCAUCCACUGCCUAAAGGAGUAUCGGGAGUUGUCUCGCCAGAGGAUGUCAAGGCUUGGAAGGUGAAGCAGCAAGUUCAUUACAAAGCCCACCCACAGGAUGACCCUCAGCACGCAUCGUUGUGGAAGGAGAUACAGGAAAACUGGGAUCAUGCUGUCGCGGGUACAACUGAGGACCUAACAUCACAUUCUGCUGCAGGUCUUAUGAUGAUGGGUGUUCGUGAUGCUUUCACAAAAUCAGCUGCAUACUGGCAUCGCACCCAUGGCAUUCACAUUGCCGGUGUUGCAAUAUUUCCUGGUGAUGAAGAGGCAGGCCGUCAGGCAUCAGGGCUGUUCGCCGGCUCUGACAUGGUCAAAGCCCUUAUCAAUUCACACCAACUUGAUAUUAAGCAUUGGUUAGAUGAGCUCACCACAAUCCUUAAGUACAAAGACUUAGAAGCUGCACACACUGAAGGCAAGACUUUCAGCUUACUCCCUGCCUCUUCCACUGCUCCAAAUGGUAGCCUUUUGUGCAACAGCAAGCCUGCCAGGGAUAGGAAUAGAAAGGUCGCGCCCAUGAUGAUUACUGAGGCUGGUCAUCUGCUCAAAACCUCCAAUAGCAGGUGGCUGACCAUAUUGGACAUCCUGUAUACUGAGAAGCUUUGCAUUCACGACUGGCCCACUGCUCCGUAUCUCAGGCUCCAUCUUGGAGCGAUGUACGAGGCUGAGUUAGGUCUUGACGACAACGACAACAAUAGCGAGGCGGAGGCAGCAAAGGCGAAGAAGCGCAAAGGCAAGUCCAAGAAGUCGGGUGACAAAGGAAGGAAGAAGGGGGCGGUGGUGGAGGAGCCAAGUGUCAUCUUACAUAUCAGCAGAUGGCCUGAAAGUGAUAUCCUUACUGUUGAGACACAGGCCACAAGCAUGUGCCUCAUCCCACUUGUCAUCGACACUAACAGCAAGGUUGUUCUCUCCCUCCAAGACUCAGAGAAGUUCAUCAAGGAUCUUCCGCAAGACAACACCCAAGACGACACCCAAGACGACACUCCUAGACGCCGCACCAAACAGGUAAUCAAAAAACCUACAGUGUCUAAUCUAACAGCUUCACGCUCGACUAUGGGAGCUUCGCGCUCCAAUCAGGAAGCUUCGCGCUCUCACCGCCAUACUAACCGAGCCAUCUAUGAUAAUUUCCCGCCUUUGUCGCCACCAGCACCAUCUUCCCAGUUUUUGUCUCCCCCUCCUAUUUCACGCACAUCAACUCCUAUGUCAACCUUGGGUUAUCCGCAUGUCGGGGACGCAACAUAUCCCUCUCGCUCUCGAUAUGAGCAUUCACACGAUGGACCACGUCGAUAUCAACGUGCAUUUGACGAUGCUAUGCCGACAUAUAACCCAGACACUCGUAAAUGGACGCGGCCCCAUUAUGAAUCUGCUCGGGAGACUGAAGACCUGGAGUGUGAAACAGUGGAGGAGAGGCACCGUGUCAGGGUCCAUGAGAAUUCUCAUAUACCUUUAGGCCGCACCCAAUCACAGGCACGUGUAAGUUCUGCACCAAUUGCCAGCACCUCCCGUUCUCGGCUACUGUCGCAUUCCUCUGUUGUGCCAACUUCUCGCACUGGUUCCUCACAGCGCCGCAAUCAUUCAACUGUCAGACCUUCGCAUAUUCGCCCUGCAUCUCCCGAUCGCCGUGCAAUCAUCGAAGAAGAUGAAGAUGAGUAUUACUAA